GUCGGCUUGGGGGCGGGGCUUGGGUUACGCCCCGCCCACCGGCGCCAUCUUCCUGGACCCGGGCGGGGCAGUGGGUUGUACGGCGCCACUCGGGAAGGAAUCCGAUCUGCAACCCGGACUCAGGGCUUCUUUCAGAGGAGGCCUUUCCUCGGGGCCCAGGACUGGUCGUAAGGACAAUGGACUCCGGAGCUCGCCCAGUUGGUAGCAGCUGUAGCAGCCCUGCAGCGCUAUCACGGGAAUACAAACUAGUGAUGCUGGGUGCUGGUGGCGUUGGGAAGAGCGCCAUGACAAUGCAGUUCAUCAGCCACCGUUUCCCAGAAGAUCAUGACCCCACCAUUGAAGAUGCAUAUAAGAUCCGGAUCCGCAUUGAUGAUGAGCCUGCCAAUCUGGACAUUCUGGAUACAGCUGGACAGGCAGAGUUUACAGCCAUGCGGGAUCAGUAUAUGAGGGCAGGAGAAGGAUUUAUCAUCUGUUACUCGAUCACGGAUCGUCGAAGUUUUCAUGAAGUUCGGGAGUUUAAACAACUGAUUUACCGUGUCAGACGCACUGACGACACACCAGUGGUUCUCGUGGGAAACAAAUCGGAUCUGAAGCAGCUGCGGCAGGUCUCCAAAGAAGAGGGAUUAUCUCUGGCUCGAGAAUUCAGUUGUCCCUUUUUUGAAACCUCUGCUGCAUAUCGUUACUACAUUGAUGACGUUUUCCAUGCUCUUGUACGGGAGAUUCGUAAGAAAGAAAAGGAGUUAGUAUUGGCCAUGGAGAAAAAGUCUAAACCCAAAAGCAGUGUGUGGAGGAGGCUGAAGUCGCCGUUCAGGAAGAAGAAAGACUCGGUAACUUGAGGGAAGUAUGAAGUCCCUGCUGUGAACUGCGGUGCUGCCCGAGCAGCCCAGUACCUGCAAUAACGGGCAUGCUGUCCGCUGCUCUCUUUCCCACUACCCUAAAUGCCACUGGCGAGGGGGCCGUGGCCAUUGGGCGUUUUCAGUGACUCUGACUUCUUAGCCCUCAGGGCACUGCCCACUCCUUGAUUGUCACAGGGGAAUUUGAUGUGCCAUUGUUUUGGUUAUGUUACUGAUGUAAAUUAAUUUGUGUAAAUUGUUUAUGCCCAGGAGAAUAUGUAUACCGUGUGCACUUGACUAAGUUUACAAAAGGAACUUUGCUGUAUACCCCCCACCGUCCUUCAACUUGAGCUUCCUGGUACUGUCUCACAGAAGGACCUCUCUGCCUUGUUUUUCCACACUGUGUAUCUUGGAGACAGAGCAAAAUAUUGAAUAGGGAAACUAACGAUAAAGAGAUUGGUGCUAAAGGUGAGUAGGUGUCUGGAGUGGGCUCCUGUUGUAGAUUAUGAAGUGAUUAGGGAGAUGGUGUUGUAUGUGUUUACAUAAGAAGACAUGACUGGAAACACGGGGUCAGAAAGUGUCCCCGUGUUGAGCCUGAGGACUGCACAUUUGACCCAGAGGCGGGACGGAAACGGACACAUAGAGUGAAGGCUUCUCUUGAACAUACUUGCUCUUUUUUCAGUAUCUUGCCUUCCUUUAUCUUUGAAGACUGGCACUUUGAGAACUGCUUCUGGAUCUGGACCAGUCGGUCACAAGCUCGCUCGGUUCUUGUUUAAAUCCUUUGUUGGGCUAGCCAUGGCAGCUCAUUGCUGUAAUCCUAGUGUUUAUAAGGCUAAGGCAGGAGGACUUCCACAAGUUUGAGGCUUGCUGGGCUACAGAAUGAAAGCCUGUCUUAGAAAAACAAAACCAAAAAUAAACAAAUAAAUAAAUUCUUUCUUAGGACAGCUCCACCACAUGCCUUAUCCAGGAUUCCUCUUUGAAGAGCUGGGCCUGUGCAGAUGGUUUUAGGCCCUUUCUUUAGGCUGAUGGUGUUGUCUGAACAGAAGAGCUAUCUGGAGUCUGAGUAAAAUUGUUAGGUGGUCUCUUGACCUCAGCAGUCAUUAGACUUAGGCUUAAAGGUCUGGGGUUUCUGUGUGGCCGACUGACCAGUCUUGAAGCUUUAGUAUCCACAUGUACAAAUUGGUUUUCGUAAUCUGAGGAUUUUCCCAGGGUUGUCAAAGCUCAGCGUCAGAGAUACCACUCUGCUUCCCGUGUGUGAGACUAAUCUUGGAAGAAACAGCUUUAACUAUCAGUGGUGAGCUCUCUGUCUUGAUGCCUUAACAUACUGUGUGGGGCGCAUUCAGGAGAGUCAUGAUCCCAGUAUGGAGUGUUCGUUCCAGGCUCAGGUGACACCUCUUCAAAGCUGCCACAAAGCUUCCUGCUUCCCACUGUCAGAGAAAUGGCAGCUGAUCCGAAUUCUAUGAGGAGCCAUUGCUAGGACUUUUAACAUUUUGGGUAGCGUCUUUUGAAAGUUCUGUUAACUAUACAAAAUUGUUUUUAAUAU